AAAAAAAAAAAAAAAAAAAAAAAAAAAAAAAAACCAUGUAAGCAUUGCCUGGUCGCAACACAACUUACCUAGUAGACAACUUUAAUACGGGCAUGUUAUUCUUAUUAGAUCAAAGUUUCACCGAAUUUCUUCGACGGCCAUCAUUUACAGGCUCGCUUUCGCAUAACUUGGUCCUAGAUCAAUCUUACCUAUCAGCUUCAGCGCUGGGAAGACAACAAGCUUAGCCGCAAACCCACCCAAAUAGGCAGCAAUUUAAGCUUCAACCCCUUGUGUAGAUCCUAACAUAAGCGAAUGCGAUACUAUUAUUUCCCAUGCUACUACCUUCACUAUCGUGAUCUCCGGAGGCCCCGCGAGUUACGCAGUCCUUACUGGUUAUUCGCGUUUCUUUGGCGGGUUUCAAGCAUCUCAUCAGGAUGCUCGGUGAGAAUACUUGCGUCGAAUGCAAUGCAUAUCCAGGAACCAUGGACAGUUUUGCCUAGAUAAUUGGGGCCAAGAGUAUAAAAGGAUGGAUGACUACCUAUUGAUGUGUGUUGAACAGUAUUCCGGAUUCCGAGCUUUCCACACAAUUUACGGUUGAUAGGUCUAAUUAAUAAAGUCUCCGAAAUGCGAUUUUCCAAGUCUUUGCUCCUCCUCGCUGCCCAGGGUAGCAUUGCUCUGGGCCAAAGCAAUACCACCAACAGCACGAGCGACGUGACCUCUUACCCUCUGAGCAGUGAUGAAUACUUCUCAUUCAUCGUAUACGAAGUUCUCGCCCUAGCCGGCGGCGGCGGCUCAUCGGCAGGCGAGGUACUACGCGCUGCUGCCAAAAUCGAAGCCGGAAGCCACGAAAGCUUCUACACCGAGUUCAAGUUCCUAGCCGAUUCGAUUCACGACAUCGCGACGUCCAUCAACGCGACCAAGUUCCCAGUCUCUGCUCGCGAAGCAUAUUUCCGCGCCGCUUCCUACUACCGGGCAUCGGUUUUCUUCCUUACGCAUAAUCAGACGGACCCCAGACUCUUUGACGUGUGGGACCAAGCUCUGGCGGACUUUGACCAAGCGGCCAACCUUACCGAUAUCCGGGGCGAGAGGGUGACGCUCAAGGGGCCGGGAUUCGACAUCCCGAUCAUAUAUUGGAAGUCGCCCAAGGCCAAUAGCGAUGAACCGGCCCCCACAAUCUUGAUUGGUAGUGGCUAUGACGCGCCCCAGGAAGAGACGUACCACCAGCUAGGCCGCGAGGUGCUGGAUCGAGGUUGGAACUUUGCCACUUACGAAGGGCCAGGGCAACCGACCGUGCGCCGCGAACAGAAGCUCGGUUUCAUCCCGAACUGGUGGGAUGUCGUAACCCCAGUUAUCAACUACCUGGAAACAAGACCGGAAGUGGAUAUGAAGCGAGUCGCUCUCGGGGGCCUCUCAUUUGGCGGGACCCUGGCUCCGCUCGCGGCUUCUCGAGAACAUCGGAUCGCCGCUGUCCUCGCCAUCGACGGUUUAGCUAGUCUUCAGAAGGUAGCAUCGAGUCAGCUUCCUGCAGUCGCGACCACAUUGCUUAACAGCGGUAACCAAACGGGGUUCGAUGCGUACAUGAACGCAGUGAAAGUAAGCCCGCAAGCUCCUACGAUGAUCAAAUGGUUCAUCAGUCAGGGCCUAUGGAGUUUCAACACAGAGAGCCCAUAUGACUGGUUCACCCGUCUUGGGAAUAUCACCCUCGACAACGAUAUCUUGAGCAACGUAAGCUGUCCGGUUUUCGUGGGCAAGGGUGAGAACGACGACCUUGCUGGAGGCCAGGAGCAGGAGGUGGUUGACAUGCUGGGUGAUAAAGGCUUCUUAUACGAGUUCAAAACGUCGCUUGGUGCUGGUGGACAUUGUCAGUUAGGGGCGGAAUCUCAGCUUGCGCAGGCUACCAUGGACUGGCUUGCGGAAGUAUUUGAUAAGAUUUCAUGAUGGCUAGUUUGAGAACAUAGUUUCCCAUAGAUCAGUGCAUUGAGGCAGUAGAGUAACCCAUGGGCAUCUGAUGCUAUAACAAGUCAAUGGACACGUGCCUGAGCAGACACAGUGCAUUAUCUGCUACUCCCAUGUGUCAAUAAGCUCUUAAGUUGGCCCUGGGGGUAUUUAGAUUUACGCGUACCUAGAUUUAGACCGGCACGUAUAUACUUUGAACAGCUUCAGCGUCAGCUUAUGGUACAAAUAAGCCAACAUCAUAUCCAUCUCUACAUACUUUGACCUAGACGCCCCUUUAGAUGGUUUCACAAACCCUAUCUCGCAUAUCGACCUAGUUGCCCAGGCCGAUACUGGAGAUAUAAAAUAAAUAAUCUACGUAGGUAGUAAUAAUACUUAACCAAAUCCCACAACACUCACCAGCCCAACGACACUCAUCACCCUGCAUAGUACCUACUUAUCUAACGUAUUUGAGGACUUCACCCGAAUUCGUCAUGCCAAUAUAUUCUGCACUACAUUGCCAGAUAUGGUAAGUAAUUGACCAGAUAUGAUCCCAAGUCUCAAUCCUCGCCGCUGACAUCGCUCUUCAUAGCGGCGUUGGGUUUUCCAUUCCACGCUUCUACAGACCAGACGAGGUCGCAUCCGUUCCUCGCAGCAGAUAUGGCACCACGAGCGGAGCUCAGGCCGCAGCUCGCGUGGGGACCGGCUGCUGCUCCG